GGUAGAGCAUCACAUGAUAGCUGCAGCUCUGUGCGCCGCGUCUCUUCCUGAGCAGCAGCAGCUUCAUGUAAACACGGCGCGCGCAGGGCUUUGUUUCACACGCACUCCGCUGGUAUCCCCUUGUUAUAGUCAUGCCAUGGAUAUUUUGUGGCAAUACCAAUUCAGGAUCAUUUUACUCGGGGAUUCCACAGUGGGGAAGUCGUCGCUGCUGAAACGCUUCACGGACGGGAUCUACAGUGAGGUGGCGGAUCCGACGGUCGGGGUGGAUUUUUAUGCCCGAUCGCUUGAUAUCGAGCCCGGGGUGAAAAUCAAGCUGCAGCUCUGGGACACUGCUGGACAGGAGCGAUUCAGGUCCAUCACCACAUCAUACUACCGUAACUCCGUGGGCGGGCUACUGGUGUUCGAUCUCAGCAACCGCAAGACCUUUGACCACGUGAGGGAGUGGCACAAGGAGGUGAGCGAGCACAUUCUGCCCCACCACAUGGUCUACAUCCUCAUCGGCCACAAGAGCGACCUCAACAAGGACCGCAAGGUGAGCCGGGACGAGGCCGACCAGCUGGCGGCCGAGAUGGGCAUCCGCUACGUGGAGACGUCGGCCAAGUGCAACAGCAACGUGGACCGGGCCUUCGAGCUGCUGACCAGAGACAUCUACGAGCUGAUGAAGAUGGGGGAGAUCGUCACCCGCGACGGCUGGGACGGGGUGAAGAGCGGCCUCACCGCCAAGGUCCUCUACCCGGCCGACGACGAUGAGGGACUACCUACCGCGGUCGCCGAAAAGGGCUGCCACUGCUGACUGUGAACUGUGUCCAAACACUGCCCCCGUCACACCAAGAGCUCACCUCGUCUCACAGCCGUCCAUCGAAACCAAGUCACUCAGGCUCAGCACCCUGUGAUAUCACCAUCACUUCCUCACCUCGUGCUCCGUGCCCUCUCAGCGUGUGGGUUCUUCUGACAGCUGGGGUUUCUAACGUGGGGCCAUUGUACAUCCCAAUGUGUAUCUUAUAGGCAAGUUGUAUCUCUAAAGCCGUGUGGCGUCGCGUGAGCGGAGCAGUUUUGGGCCUCGUUGAGUUUGGAAAACAACAGAAAGUGUGCCGCCGAGGCCAUCAGGUCUCACGCUGCAUUCACACCAAAUCAGGCGUUUUGGCGAUUAGCGCCGAGUUGUAUGGCGUUGUGGGAGGGUUACUCAAACGGCCCAUUUGUACGACGAUUAACGUCUUGUGUACUCAUGGCCGCUUGUACAGCUCUGGAUGGUCGGUUACAUGAUUGUCUAUUGCGGCGCUUGAACGCACUUCCCACAUUGAAAUGAAUGGGACGACUUGCGUUGAUGGCCACAGCCCCUGAUCCGGUGUGAAUCCAGCCUCAGAGUUUAGCCAAUGUGCUGAAGAUACAUCUCGUACGGCACUAGUGUGGGUUUCUAUCUGUGCGAUGCGUCGCAGUCUGUUGUGGCGUUAAUAUUGUAAAUAAUAGUGAGAUCUAUAGAGAGGAAAGGUCACAGAAAGUAUUUCAUUGAUCGUGUGAACAUCACCAUAUUAACUCAACGUGCUCCUCAUGCUUCUGUAUGUGCACUUACGCCAAACUGACUUAAACCUUUGAUCAUCCUGUCAAUAGAUGAGUAAUGUUUUUUGUCAUAAGAAAAAUAGAUGAUUUGUAGUUAAGGUGUAUACAUAGAGAUAGGCCAUGUAGGUGGCAGUGUGUCCCGUCGUUUAUCAGACCUUUAAAGACUUCAGCCGUAAAGACGUGUUUGACUAACAACAAACGGGAGUUUGGAUUUCACCUGCAGCUCUCUGUCGCUCACGCAAACAGCUGUUUCUGUUCCUCAAAGCUUCAUUCACAAAAAUAAUAUUCCAUUCAGGCCUGAGCUGAUGAUGGGAGCCGAACAUAGACUGUGUAAAAUAGAUACUCAUUCAAUCCAACGGCCUGGAUCUGUGUGCUGCGUUUGUGGGCCUGUAUGUCACGUUAACAUGGCUGCAUGUACUGCAAAAGCUAAUUAGCAUUAAUUUUAACAUUGAUAUUACAGUCCUCAUAACCCAUUACAUCCAGCAGGGAACAUAGAAUGAAAGCUCAGCCGAGCUAAGCAUGAAGACUGAGCAGC